UGGUAAUAGAACACCUUUUUUUUUGUAUUAUAUUUCUCGCAUCGAAAAUUGCUCACAAAUUAUUUAUUAUCUGAUAAGGGGAGUGAGAAAAAUAUUUUUCAGAAUAUAUCAAACAUAAAAAAAAUUUUUUGUUCCAAAAUUAUAUCAAUCAAGAUAGAUAAUGUCUGACAAUAAUAUUAAUAAUGAAGAAAAAAUUUAUACAGGAGAAAUUUCCUAUACAUUACUUAAAUUAUCUGGAAUAUGGGAACCAAUUGAUUGUACUUCAAUGUGGAAAUUAAUUGUUUAUCGUUUCUAUACCAUGUGUUCUCUAUUAUCAUUUUUUGCAUUUGCUUUUUUUUUAUUUAUAUUUAUGAUUCUAGAACAUGAUAAUAUUGAAACUUUGCCAUUGACUGUUUUAUAUUUUUGCACAAUUUUUGCCGCAUUCAUUAAACAAAUUAUUAUUGCUAAAAAACGAAAAAUAUUUAUAAAAACUGAUGAAAUGUUUUUAUCGGAAAUGUGUCGAGCUUAUGAUAAUCAUGAAAGUGAAAUAUUGCAAAAUUGUUCCCGAGCGGGAAGGAAUAUUUCGAUUUAUUAUUUAAUAUUGGUAUCUACUACAGCAAUAAUGGCAAUGUCGUUACCAUUAGCUUCAUUACCAAAUAAAAUUCUUCCUAUAAAAUAUUGGUUUCCAUUUUCAAUGGAAUCAAAAAUUGUUUAUUCUAUUGCAUAUUUCCAUCAAGUUUUUGGUUUAAAUAUGAUAAUAUUUGUCUGCGUUGGUACUGAUGCUUUAGCAUUAACUGUGAUGUUACGUAUUUGCGCCCAAUUGGAAAUAAUAAUUUAUCGUUUAGAUUUAAUUUCUCAUAAUGGAAAAAUUAAUAAAUUUAUUUCUAUUAAUUAUAAUAAAGAAGUGGAAAUUAUCAAUUGCCUAAAGCAUCAUCGUCAUGUUUAUUCAAUUGGUCAAAAUGUAAAUAGACAAUUUGGAACUGUGAUUUUUGUGCAAUUUUUCGUUUCUAUGAUUGAAUUAUGUGUUAUUAUUUACUAUUUGUCAAAAAUAAAUAUAAACAAUGGUGACAGUUGGUUGAUGAUAUCUGCUUUAUCGAGUUACACUUUUCAAAUAUUUAUGUAUUGUUUUUAUGCAGAUAAAGUGACGGAAAAGAGUUUAGAUAUUGGACUUGCAGUUUAUUCAAUAAAUUGGGAUGCAUUAACAAUGAAUACAAAAAAAAGUCUUGUAACUAUUAUGAUGCAAACUACACGGCCAAUAAAAUUGACUGCUGCAUCAGUUAUUGUCAUGUCAUUAGAAACUUUUAUGAAAUUUUAUUUGAGAAAAAAAAAUUGUAGAGAAAACUUUUAUUUAGAAAAUAUGUACAAAGCACAACUUUCAUUGAAAAUUUUAUCAACUGCCGGUUAUUGGAGACCAAUUAAAUUGUCCUAUUUUUUUAUAAUUUUUUUAUACAAUAUUUAUAGUAUUUUAAUGACAUUUCUUGUUUAUUCAUUUGACAUAUCACUGUACAUGUAUCUUAUUCUUCAUUCACUUAAUAAUAUUGAUGAUUUUGCUGAAACAUUAUGUUUAUUUUUAUUAAUUUUAGUUGUUUGUGUUAAAUUGACAAAUUUUUUAUUAAAACGCAAUGAAAUAAUCAAUUUAAUACAAAUGAUGGAGAAAGAUUAUUUUUUACCACGUGACAAUGCUGAGGAAAUAAUUCAACAAAAUUAUGAUUAUUUGUCAAGAAGAAAUACGUGGUUAUUUUUAAUUGGAAGUUUUUGUACAAUGACAGCAUUAACACUUGGUGGAUUGGCAAGAGGAAAAAAUGUUGUGUUACCAUUUAAAACAUCAUUGCCAUAUGAUAGGAAUGGUAAAAUUACAUUUUGGCUAACAUAUGUGAGUCAAACAUUAAGCCUUUAUAGUUCAGGUUUAACAAAUGUUGGUGUGGAAACUUUUGUCAUGGUAAUUAUGCUGCAAAUAUGUUCACAACUUGAAAUAAUAUAUCAUCGACUUGAAGCAUUGCCUCAGUUAUAUAAUGAUAAUAAUAAUAAAAAUAAUAACAAAAAUAAUAAUGAUGAUGAAAAUAAUUAUAAUAAAAAUAAUGAAAAUAAUAAUAAUAUAAAUAAUAAUAAGAAUAAUUAUAACAAUGUUGAAAGAACAUUGUGUUCUUUAAAAAUUGAAGAGGCACGAAUUCUCGUUGAAUGCGUCAAGCAUCAUAAUUAUGUUUAUCUAUUUAGUGAAAAGCUAAAUGAUAUUUUUAGUGUUGUUUUUGGAAUUCAAUUUAUUGGAUCAAUUACAAAUAUUUGUACACUUAUUUAUAGUCUAUCGACAAAAAAUUCAUUUAAUGAUAAAGUUCUUGCUCAGGGAUUAUUGUUACCAAAUGUCAUUUUUCAGACUUUUAUUUAUUGCGUUUUUGGCAAUGAAGUUAUGUUAAAAAGUUUAAAAGUAGCGGACGUAAUAAGUAUGAUCGAUUGGACAAUGUUAACAAAACAAUCAAAAAAGGGACUUCUUUUAAUUGCAAUACGUGCUAGAAAUCCAAUAAUUAUAACAGGUGGAUCAUUCAUUCCCAUGUCACUCAACACUUUUGUUGCCAUUUUAAAAGCAUCUUAUACCUCGUACAAUCUACUGAAAAAUUCAAGAACCUAGUUAAUAAAUUAAUAAUUAAUCUUUAGAAUUACUUCGAUUUAAUUGAAGUAUAAUUAAACUUUUUAAAUAAAUAA